AUGUUAGGGCGAUUAUUUAAACAGAACCAACAGGGGCCUAAUGGCCCCAACUCAAGUGGAAAUAGCAAUUAUAUAAACCCAAAUGGGAAUGGCAAUACCUACGGUAAUAGUUAUGGUGCAAAUCAACAACCAAAAAACGGCCCCAUCACCAAUCCGAAUACGAAUUCUUACCAGAAUGUAAAUACGUUCGAAGAUUCAUAUUCUAGAGAGAUUUUAUAUGGAACUUCUGAUGUUUUACAGCUUAAGCCGUAUCAAUUGAACAAUAAAUUUUUCCGAAUAAUAAUAUCGCAGGAUGGAGGAAAUUUAAGGUCAAAGCAGGUGUUGUACGAUUCGGCAGCUCAGAAUAAUGAUAACCCAGGUGUUAUAGCAAGACCUCCCCCAAUGUCAAGAAAUAAUAGUUCUAAUAAUUUAAAUAGCAAGAAUAUCUUGACAUCAAAGAUAUAUCAUAAUGCUAGUGAAUUAAAUGAUUAUAUGUUUGGAUGCGGGCUACCUUCAAAUGAGACAUAUAGUACGACUAAAAUACAUAUUUUGCCAACAUUGAACAAUCUGACCUAUGGAUCAAAUCAGUCUAUACUAAUUACCAGGCUUUUUCUGAUAUCAGAUAACAACGAUUCUCAGAUUUUUAGUGAGAGUUUUCAAUCGCAUUGGAUGCCACGCCCAGCACUUCCUAUUAAGGAAACAUCAAUUAAAAACGAUGCCUUCAAUAUAGCUCAUGCAAAAGCAAAUAAUCCUGAUACAGGUUCUACAAGUAAAUCAUCCAAUAGCAUUAACAGCCGGUUUUCUAUAGGCUUAAUUAUACCGCUUGAAUCUGUAAAUGAUCAUUUGAAUGACGUUAUUUUUAAUAACUGGGAUGAAAUAUCGCAUUAUCUUAUAGUGUUACAAAAGCUAAUAAUUAAAAAAUUGAUACUAACUUUGAAUAAUAGUGUGAAUGAUUUAAGUCUUUCCAGCUUGAGCUUACAGAAUAAUUCUCCAAAUCAUACCCAUAUUUAUUGCCCUUACAUUGUAAAUAAGAGAAUCCAAUUUCCAAGUUAUCUUUUGCAGAAUGAACUAGAUUUGAAUAGUCAACUUAUCAAGUUAAUUAAGUUGAUGCAUUACAACAGUAACGUUCCAAAAUUAAUUAAUUCAAAUUCACUAAUGAGAUCCUCUAUGACUAGCUCUUCAAAAGUAAAUCCUAUGCUUUUAAACUGGAUUUCAGAAGUGGUAAAUUGGCUACAAUUUAAAGAUGGCAGAUCUAUGAGUAAUGACAUUAACCCACAAAUGCAUAGUAGUUUUAAUAAUAAUUCUCAGUUCCAAUAUAAUAAUACUACUAGUACUUUAAAUUCAUUGUCAGUUCAAAGUUCUCCAAAUAUCAAUACUUUGAAUGUUUCUCCCAACACAGAUACGGCAGUUACUAAGACAUUUUUGGCCAGUUUAUUAGCUUUAUUAAUCCCAUUAAGAAAGCUGUUGACUAUGAAGCCAUUUAGUAUUUCUAACGACUGCGAUAAUACACGGGAAAUAACGAGAGUAAUAGUUAUGACGGGGAAUCCAGUAGUUGCUAAGAAAUUAAUUUUUAUUAUAAACGGGCUAAUUCCUGAUAAUGAAAUGCUUUCAAUAUUGGAUGACUACGAGGACGAGAAAUCAGAUAUAUCUGAGAGUAUAGAUGAUACUAAGCCAGUGGAACAUUCAAUUGGUAAAAUACCUGAAAAUAAGAGUUGCGAGGAAUUCCUAGAUGAGAAUAGUUUUAGUAAUGAUUCCCUUACUACACCUUCUAUACAACAUAAACUAUUUAGUUCCACAGGUGAUAUGAACAAUAUUAACACAAUGGGUGCAGCAAAACCUGUUCCCACUAGACCAAUACCAAUUAAAUCGUCGACAGCUAGUUCAUAUAGUUCUUCUGAUAAUUCACCAACCCAUAAUACAUCAGUCAAAGGUUGGGAGAUACCUCACAAGUCGUCAGCUAGUACUACUACAACUCCUCUUAAGUCAAGAGUUGAAGUUGGAACCAGCGUUAUUCCUAUUGCUGAAAAGACUCCAGCUAGAUCGUCGCUUUCGAAAUCAUCAUCUAUGGCGUACUUAUCAUCUUCUUUGACUUCAUCUCUAUCGUCAUCGGCAUCAAACUAUUCAUUAUCAAAAUUAGGUGGGAGCUUCAUGGAGAAAUGGAAAAACUCAUUUUCUAAUACGCAACACACAAACCCAAACUUGAACACAUCUAAUAGCCAAACUAAUACCCUGCUUGGAUUUAAUACAGAGAACCAUGAUUUACUUCCUCCAUCUUUGGGUAACCUAUCGAAGAGAAAUUCUGUUCAUUCUUUAAGAACCCCAUCACCAGCGGUUGAAAUAGAUGAAAACCUGCCCUAUCAUAAUAAUUCUUCAAAUGUUGGUAAUAUCCCGCACAAUUCCUCAAGUUCUACUAAGAUGGCGAGAGCAAAUUCAAUGUUUGAUUUAUAUAAUAAUAAUAGUAGUUAUAAAAGAAAUGGUAUUGGUAUAAUACAGGAAGAAGGAAAACACCUGGGGAUGAAAAGAUCCAAUACAAGCAUCUAUACACCUGCUUUACGUGAUACUUACAAAUUGAAGAAUAUUAAUGACUUUAACAGAAAUAUUAUCAGAUCUAAGUGCUCUCUAAUUAUGAAAGCUCAUAUCUCGGUGGGCGAUUCUAUUGACAAAACCCUAGACAUCAACUCUGUAAUGGAGAAAAAUGAAGAUGAAUCUGAUAGCUGCUAUGAAGAUGAAAGCACGAUAACAUCAAGCACAAAAAUAAAUGAAAUUGCACCACUUAUUAAGCACAGACCACUAUUCCCAAAUGUUGCUUUCGCCGAAGAGUUUCGACCUGAAUUUAUUCUCCAAUCAUGCCCAAUAAAUUCAAAAUUAGAAUCACAGGUGAUGACAUCAAUGAAAAAUGAUUUAUUGUUCUACCAAAACAAUUGUCAGUUUGAGAAAGUAAUAUCAAGAUCAGUAUUUGUAAGCUUGAGAGCUAGGGAAAUUAAAGUAAUUGAAAUGAAUGUUGGUGAAACUGGCAGUGGAAAGGUUGAGACCAGCCCGAGUAGCCAGGCAUCUAGCAAUUCCGGAACACCCCUCGGCUCACUACAAGAAUCUCAAAAGCCUUCUCUCCAAAGUGCCCUUACAAAAGGUAUCAGAAACAAUAAGAGUGACCAGAACGAACAUACAAGACGUAAUUCUAUACCGUCUAAUAGUACGUCGAGCUAUAAGACUAUGAUCAAGAAGAUCUUUAGUCCAACGAGAAAUUCAGGAGAUAAGGAAGUCAUUUUGGCAAUAGAGAAUACCCUAGAUGAAAUUACGAAGUUAUUUCAAUCCAAUUCUAAUAGCCAAAAGAGUCUGACUACGAACCAAGAUUUUAAUGAGAAAUUGACUAUGCUAAUGAGUAAUAUAUUAAGCUAG